GAACAUGCGCGGGAAACGAAGAUUCAAACCACUCUCGCCGUUGCCGCUACGCUGCCGAUGGAGCGGGCCCGCGUCUUCAUGGUAUCAUGGCACCGAACGGCCGGCCGAGCGGAUUCCAACGACGAGCGUCUGCGCGCGGUGCAGUUCCAGAUUCUCGCUCGCCGAUUUCGAGACUGUGAUCAUCGCGUCGAGUGACAGCUUGACGAACAAUGAUUUUCGGGCCCUUCUCUUGUGCUCAUGGAGUUCGCCGUGUCGCUUUCACGUCGAUCGGUUUGCAGUGCGAUGCGCUCUUAUCCGAUGUGAAGAGUACAAUCGCUGGAUGACGAUUAACUAUAUCUGAGCAGGGAGGAGGGGAUUUGUGGCGAUGGAUUUUUUGCCUGGCAAGAAUCGGUUGUAAUUCGCUGUUUCUCGUUGAUGUCAGUUGGACUUGCUCAUGAUAGUAUAGAGAUUUGUGUCAAUUGCAAAUGGCAUGAGCAGUUCCCAUCGUCGUACAUCUGUGCUGUAGAUUCGGAAUCCCGCCCUCAUCUCGUAGACUCGGAAUCUAUGAAUUCAAGAGAAAUGGCAGAUUCGAACUUCGUCCGGCACUGGGCAGCAGGAGAGUGAUGAGUCCGCUGCAAACUAGCGGACAUAAGCGGCAUUCAAUUGCUAUGAGUUGGAAUUGUGCUUGCACGAUAGGUGCUGCGCUACAAUUACAGGUUGAAAUACACAGUAGAGGUCGUUGUCUUUGGACAAAUUCGAGGAAAUUUGGGUCGGAGAGAGUGCUGAAGAUAUAAGCACUGCUAGACAGAGCUACGAAGAUGCAGGCAGCUCGGUUGGCCACGAGGCUCCAGCGGGAACUGCGAAUGCUUCAGAGUGACCCCCCUCCUGGUGUCUGCGCCUGGCCUUGUAACGAUUCUCUGUCACACUUGGAAGCUCAAAUUCAGGGGCCGGAUGGAACAGUUUACGCGGGAGGUCUUUUCAAACUCGAGAUUCAUGUUCCUGACAGGUAUCCAUUCGAGCCCCCGAGCGUCAGGUUCAAAACUCCGAUAUACCAUCCAAACAUAGACACCGGAGGCCGGAUCUGCCUGGACAUCCUCAACAUGCCACCGAAGGGUGCCUGGAAGCCCUCUUUGAACAUGCCUACGAUACUCGCCAGCAUUGGUAUACUUUUGGCCGAACCUAAUCCCGACGAUGGACUCAUGGGAGACAUUACAGCGGAGUACAAGCAUAAUCGCCGAUCUUUCGACAUGACUGCUGUUAAAUGGACUCAGCAGUAUGCACUGCAGAAGGAGUCUGUUGUUGGAGAUGUUAGUACUCCUGUACAGCAUAACGAUAAUGUCCAACACAAAACGUUGAUAGCCGAGGGAAGAAGAACUUCGACGGUCAAUGGGACCAAAAUUACCAACACUCUAGGUACAGGCACUGCGGCGAGCACUUCGAAGCCUUUUCUUGGGACCAGAUUAUCACUGGAGAGAGGAUCCAAGGAUUCAGGGAAACAAAGCUUUAUGAACACCGAAGAUGUGGACGUGGUGGCAGUAACAUCUAAGCGUGCGUUAGCAUGUAUCGACAAUACGGUGGGAACGCGACACGUCGAUCAAAGCUUGGAAAUUUCCACUGAGGUCUCAAAGUUGAAGGGGUCGGAAAAUGAAGUCAAAAUGACGGCAAAAAUCGGGGGAAGUUCACAUGUAGCUCUGAAUGCGGAAGGAUGUCUAAGAACAGGCGCAUCCAAUUUGUUCACUGAGAACACUGUGUCCACUGGGCCAUCCUCCAUGGACCCCGGGAAUGUCAAGAGGUCUCCUGAAGCCCGAAACAUAAUGACUCUAACAGAUUUACCACCAGCAUCUUCGAAACAGCAAACUAGGUGCCGCGUUGGAAGCAAGCCCAGCGAAACAGUCACUUCAAUAUCUCAUGCAUCAUUGUCCGUUUCGACUGCAGAGGAAACGAACUGCUCGGAAAGAAGAAGCAAGUAUUUUUCAUCUUCUUCGUUUAAAGCUGUUAAGCACGCCAGCGGUGAAAGCGCCGAUGCACUGUCGAAUGGAGAGAAGGCUAAUUAUCUCCAUCCAGAGAGCGUCAAGAGUCGGAUCUGCGUUGCUGUAUCAGACGCAUGUCCUGUGAGAAUUCCACCGACCCACAAUCUUGGCUAUGAGGAAGUACGUGCCCAAGAUCAUGCGGCUGCCACUUCAACUCCGGUUUUUGAAAAUGGACAAUCUGAAGAAACAGACAGACAGACGUCUUCAUCCUCCACUUCAUCUCUUCCCAUACCUUCCAAGAAAACGGUUCCAUCUGCCAUCCCUGACGAGAAUUCUGACGGAGCUCACGCUAAGCGCCGGAAGCAAGCUGCACUUUUCAGGCAGACCCAGGAUACCGUCAUCCAAGCAGAUUUCAAUGGAAGGAUAGACAGAUAUUUCACGGCCUCGCCUGUUGUUCGGGCAAGUUCGGCAAGCCCCACCACAUCUGAUGGAAACGCACCGCUUCAGAGAUGUGCUGCAUACUCCUCAGCAUACUUCAGCAACUUUUCAACACCUCGAAGUACUGACGCCGAUAUGGUACUCAUCACUGGCGAGUCGGGCCCUGUUAAACCCGGGACCACGACAGUAGAUGACAGAUCGCAUCUCAAGAAGAAACCCCCAAGGCCAGCCAAAGCUUGGGGGGCCACCGAAGUCAUAGUAUUGGACAGUGAGAGUGACGAAGAACCUCCGAAGGGAAGGUCGAGACUUUCACUGUCAAGGAGAAGAUCGAAGAACAAGUGAUCUAUCACAAUCUCGGCAGCACUAUGUCCACCUUAAGUGUGUAGUCGAGAAAUUCAACUGCCAUUUUAGGCCAACUGUACAUACAGGAAAGCUUGCAAAUUUGUACGAAAUGGCAAAGCUACUUUUCCAGAAGAGAAAAUGCAAUGUACAUGAGAGAAAAGCUCUUAAUGGGCUAUGGGCUCAUUUUUGUUUUCUAAUGUGAGAAUACUACACAAUCUGCAGAUGCAGACGAGAGGCGAGAUAUGGGCUCCUUUCAAAUUCUGCGGAACACAUCUAUUCCAACAACCUUCCAAAUCUUAUUCACUUCCCAAGCGUACGGGU